UGAUCGCCCGUUGCCGUUGGUGAGUUUUUCCCAUUAUGGCGGAGGGGCCAGCCGCGCGGAUGGACUGUCUCUCCCACUCUGAUGCUUGUUUUGUGUCUUAAGGGAGGGCGUUUUAUUUUUUGUUUUUACAUUUUCCAGCACCAGUCUGGUCUCUUUUCAACUAGACUCCACUCGCGUUUAUCGACGAAGUCAUGGCAGACCGCGGCGUGGAUUUGUCCGCCCUGCCAAAAGAGGUUAGAGACCAAUUGGCGGAGUUGGAUCUGGAGCUGUCUGAAGGUGACAUCACGCAGAAGGGCUAUGAGAAGAAGAAAGCCAAGCUGCUGGCUUCCUACAUCCAACAUUUGCCAAAUGUGGAUCUGUCUCUGCCAGAUGUACAACUCUCCCCGGGCCACAGUGCCGACCCCAGCCCGAGUCCUGAGGCCCCGGGCCCCUCCACAUCUUCCGCCUCCAGACACCACCGUGCACACCGCAGUGGAGGGGCCAGGGACGAGCGCUACAGAUCAGACAUCCACACAGAGGCUGUACAGGCAGCACUGGCCAAACACAAGGAAGAGAAGAUGGCACUGCCCAUGCCAACCAAGAGACGCUCAGCCUUUGUCCAGUCUCCCAUAGAUACCUGCACACCUCCAGACACAUCUUCUGCAUCAGAGGAUGAAGGCUCACUGCGUAGAAAAGCAGCUUUCAGCGCUGUGCUCGCCCAAAGCCUGCAGAGCCCUGAUUACUGGAUCAACCGUUCCGUCCAAAGCUCCUCCACAUCCUCAUCUGCUUCCUCCACCCUCUCCCAUGGAGAGCCUAAGACCCAGCCACAGCCCCAGCUCCAACCUGCUGCUUCUGUGUUGGCUGAUGUACUAGCCCACACGCGCAUAGAAAACAGUGUCCCCCCAGAUGUGACAUCCUCCACUCCCCAAGAGAGAGGGUCCAGGGUGGACCUGCCUCCAGCAGUCAGGGGCAUGAGCCGUGGACAGAGCCGCUCCAGCAUGCUGGAUACAGCUGAUGGAAAAAGAAAAGGCGUGCCUGUCAAUAGCAGGGUGUCCACCAAGAUCCAGCAGCUGUUAAACACACUGAAACGGCCGAAAAGACCGCCACUCAGCGAAUUCUUUGUUGAUGACUCUGAGGAGAUAGUAGAAGUGCCCCAGCCAGACCCCAACACCCCGAAACCAGAGGGACGUCAGAUCAUCCCUGUGAAAGGGGAGCCCCUUGGAGUGGUCAGUAACUGGCCUCCUGCCCUGCAGGCUGCCCUGGCCCGCUGGGGAGCCACCCAGGCCAAGAGCCCAGCCCUCACUGCUCUGGAUAUCACUGGCAAACCCCUCUACACACUAACAUAUGGCAAACUAUGGAGUCGCAGUCUGAAAUUGGCCUAUACACUGCUGAACAAACUGGGCACCAAAACAGAACCUGUCCUGCAACCUGGAGAUCGGGUGGCACUGGUGUAUCCAAACAGUGACCCUGGUAUGUUCUGGGUGGCUUUCUAUGGCUGCCUGUUAGCGGAAGUCAUCCCUGUGCCCAUUGAGGUACCACUGUCACGACAGGAUGCAGGCAGCCAGCAGAUUGGCUUCCUGUUGGGCAGCUGUGGUGUUAGUCUGGCACUGACCAGUGAGGUGUGUCUCAAAGGGCUGCCGAAGACACCAAACGGAGAGAUCAUCCAGUUCAAAGGAUGGCCAAGGAUGAGAUGGGUAGUGACGGACACCAAGUACCUGACCAAACCAUCCAAAGACUGGCAGCCUCACAUCCCCACCGCCAACACUGACACUGCCUACAUAGAGUACAAAGCAAGUAAGGAGGGGACAGUGAUGGGAGUCGCCGUGUCCAAGAUCUCCAUGCUGACCCACUGUCAAGCUCUGACACAGGCCUGUAACUACUGUGAAGGGGAGACACUGGUCAAUGUGUUGGACUGCAAGAAGGAUAUGGGCCUGUGGCAUGGCGUCUUGACGAGUGUCAUGAACAGAAUCCACACCAUCACAGUGCCAUAUGCUGUUAUGAAAGCAUGUCCCAUGUCCUGGGUGCAGAGGGUCCACAUUCACAAAGCACGUGUGGCCUUGGUGAAGUGCCGUGAUCUCCACUGGGCCAUGAUGGCCCACAAGGACCAGAAGGACACUAACCUGUCCUCUAUACGUAUGCUUAUUGUGGCUGAUGGAGCAAACCCAUGGUCCGUGUCGUCGUGUGAUGCCUUCCUGAAUGUGUUUCAGUCUCAUGGUCUGAAGCCUGAGGUGAUCUGUCCAUGUGCCACCUCUCCCGAGGCCCUGACUGUGGCCAUACGCAGGCCUGGUGCACGAGGAGCUCCACUACCAGCCAGAGCCAUCCUGUCCAUGGGCGGGCUGAGCCACGGAGUGAUCAGGGUGAACACAGAGGACAAGAACUCCGCUCUCACUGUUCAGGAUGUGGGCCAUAUCAUGCCCGGAGCUCUGAUGUGCAUCGUGAAACCAGAUGGGCCUCCACAGCUGUGCAAGACAGAUGAAAUAGGAGAGAUUGUGAUCAACUCUCGGGCUGGAGGCACCAUGUACUACGGCCUGCCUGGUGUCACCAAGAACACGUUCGAGGUGAUCCCUGUCAACCAAGCUGGAGCACCCAUAGGAGAAAUUCCCUUCACUCGGACUGGUCUGCUUGGCUUUGUUGGACCAGGCAGCCUGGUGUUUGUUGUUGGGAAGAUUGAGGGGCUGCUGAUGGUGAGCGGGCGCCGCCACAACGCUGACGACCUGGUGGCCACCGCGCUGGCAGUGGAGCCUGUCAAAACAGUUUACAGGGGGAGGAUUGCUGUGUUCUCAGUGACGGUGUUUUAUGAUGAGAGGAUAGUGAUUGUGGCAGAGCAGAGACCUGACGCCAGCGAGGAGGACAGCUUCCAGUGGAUGAGUCGAGUACUGCAGGCCAUUGACAGUAUCCAUCAGGUGGGCUUGUACUGCCUCGCACUUGUCCCAGCCAACACCCUCCCAAAGACGCCUCUUGGGGGCAUACACAUCUGUGAAACCAAGCAGAACUUUCUGGAGGGAAACCUACACCCUUGUAAUAUCCUCAUGUGCCCGCACACCUGUGUAACCAAUCUGCCUAAGCCACGACAGAAACAGCCGGUGGAUGUCGGCCCUGCUUCUAUGCUGGUUGGCAACUUGGUGGCAGGGAAACGGAUCGCCCAGGCUAUAGGCAGAGAGCUGGGUGUGGUAGAGGACCAGGAUCUGAUCCGAAAGCACCAGUUCCUGUCUGAAGCUCUGCAAUGGAGAGCUCAAACAGACCCAGACCAUGUCCUGUAUGUGCUGCUCAACGCCAAGGGCGUGGCAGUGUGCACAGCGACGUGUGCUCAGCUGCACAAGAGAGCAGAGAAAAUCACAGCUACUUUAAUGGAGAGAGGAGGCCUCAACACAGGAGACAAUGUGGUGCUGCUUUAUCCCCCAGGUGUUGACCUGAUUGCUGCCUUCUACGGCUGCCUCUAUGCAGGUGUCAUCCCUGUGACAGUGAGGCCGCCUCACCCACAGAACCUGGCUGCUACUCUCCCCACCGUCCGCAUGAUCAUCGACGUGAGCAAAGCAGCCUGCAUCCUCACCACUCAGCCUCUCAUGAGGAUCCUCAGGUCCAGGGAGGCUGCUGCCACUGUCAACGUCAAGACGUGGCCCACCAUCAUCGAUACAGAUGAUCUCCCCAGAAAGCGGCCCCCACACAUUUAUAAGCCCCCUACAGCUGAGAUGCUGGCCUAUCUGGACUUCAGUGUGUCCACCACAGGCAUGUUGACUGGAGUCAAGAUGUCUCAUGCUGCAGUCAGUACUUUGUGCCGCUCCAUUAAACUGCAGUGUGAGCUGUACUCCUCACGCCAAAUAGCCAUCUGCCUGGACCCAUACUGUGGCCUGGGAUUUGUCCUGUGGUGCCUCUCCAGUGUUUACUCAGGUCACCAGUCCAUCCUUAUCCCCCCUCUGGAACUGGAGAGCUCUCUGCCUCUGUGGCUGAGCACGCUCAGUCAGUACAAGAUCAGAGACACCUUCUGCUCCUACUCGGUCAUGGAGCUCUGCACCAAAGGCCUGGGCACCCAGACGGAGAUGCUGAAGGCGCGUGGUCUGAAUCUGUCGUGUGUCCGGAGCUGUGUGGUCGUCGCAGAGGAGCGUCCUCGCCUCGCUCUCACGCAGUCCUUCUCCAAACUCUUCAAAGACCUCGGCUUGUCUCCGCGCGCCGUCAGCACCGCCUUCGGCUCCAGGGUCAACCUGGCCAUCUGCCUGCAGGGGACCGCUGGACCAGACCCCUCCACUGUCUAUGUUGACAUGAAGUCUCUGCGCCACGACAGGGUGAGGCUGGUGGAACGAGGAGCGCCGCAGAGUCUUCCACUCAUGGAGUCAGGCACUAUCCUUCCGGGAGUUAGGGUCAUCAUAGUCAACCCAGAAACCAGAGGCCCGCUGGGAGAUUCACAUCUUGGGGAGAUCUGGGUAAGCAGUGCUCACAGUGCCAGUGGCUACUACACCAUCUAUGGGGAGGAGAGCCUGCAGGCAGAUCAUUUCAACACCAGACUCAGCUUUGGGGAGCCCCAGACUCUGUGGGCUAGGACGGGCUACCUCGGCUUCAUCAAGAGGACUGAGCUACUGGAUGCAAGCGGAGAUCGUCAUGAUGCCUUGUUUGUGGUGGGCUCCCUCGAUGAAACGUUGGAGUUGAGGGGGUUACGCUAUCACCCCAUUGACAUCGAGACGUCUGUGUCCCGAGCCCACCGCAGCAUUGCAGAAAGUGCCGUGUUUACGUGGACCAACCUGCUGGUGGUGGUGGCGGAGCUGAGCGGUUCCGAGCAGGAGGCUUUGGACCUGGUGCCCCUCGUCACCAACGUGGUCCUGGAGGAGCACCACCUUAUCGUCGGGGUGGUGGUCAUCGUGGACCCUGGGGUGAUUCCCAUUAACUCCAGGGGAGAGAAGCAGAGGAUGCACCUGCGAGACUCCUUCCUGGCAGACCAACUGGACCCCAUCUAUGUGGCCUACAACAUGUGAUUGCCCUUCACCAACUGAUGAAAAUGCAGAAAACUGAGCCAGGCUCUGAGAUGAGGGAGAAGAACUUGGGGUGCGUUCAGUAGCAACCCCAAUUUUAAGCCUCAGACACAUAAUCACCAAACCAAUGUGGGAAUGCGUACAGUACGAGUACUGUAAUGAGAACACACUUCCCUCUCAGAAACUGUGUUCCUUCUUAGCUUCCACUUGCGCAAUUGCUGCAGUCCAGGUUCACUUAGAUUUUAUACUGAGGGGAAGGUUAUUUGUCCUCCUCAUUAAAAAGUAGAUCCUUCUCUAAACAGGAGGAAAUCUGACCUUCAUCCUCUCUGUGCAUCCCACUUCUCCCUCACAGCUCCAGUUCAUUUUUAAAGACAUUUUUAAUUACAAACUUAUAAUCAAAGAAAGAAAUCUUCCCCUCCUUCCAUUCUGUUUUUUAUUCUCGACCGUUCAUCUUCAUUUGUUUGUUUUUGUUUUUAUUUUUUUAUCCCCCUCGAUUCUUGAAGGCAUGAUGGCGCACUGGAACUGCUGAGAGGAGCUGGAGCUUUACCCUCUUGCACUUUAAGUCCUUAGGUCCUUUGAGUCCACUUCCUGUGUCGCCUGCAUCACGGGGACACCCAGCUGUGUUAGCUGCUUUCACAAGAGCAGAUCCACAUCAGUAUUAAAAAGUGCCACCAGCAAGUGCAGCCCAACAGGGGCAGUCCUGAAAAUAUUACCUUCCUACCAGGUGCAGCGUGGCUUCCACUUCACAUCAUAUUCUGUAUUUGCCAGCAGGCAUCCUGUCGCCAUUCACACGUCACAAAAUUCACUUGAUUUAUUUGUUGGUGUGGGACAGAAAGACUAGCUUCAUAAACAUACAAACUUGGACAUUAAAGAUCACCUUUAAUGGGCAGAAACACAGAUUCAGAUUUAGUUUGGAGUGGGUCAGUUAGAUAUUUCUAGUGAUUGUGAAGUACUAAUAUCGUUUAAAAGGACUGAUUUUCAGAGGACGAGUUGAAGCUACACGUGGCGUUUAGGUGUGCAUGCUAAUUUGGAGUGCAGUCAUUGUCAACAUGCUAAAAAGAAAAAAAAAACACUGUAACAAGCCAAGAAAACACACAGCAAUGGAUUGGGAGGUUCAGCAGUGUGUGUGUUUGAUACUCGGCGCCACUUUGUGCCUCUUGUGUUGCCACUGCAUCUGAGUCACAGCCCUAAGCAUCCACCUCUUCUUUUAACAACACUAACCGCUGUUCUGAAGGUGUUCUGUCGUCCUGAAAGACAUCUGGAGGUAAAAAUACUCUGCCUACUGCACGGUCAUUUUUGUUUAAACCUUUAUCUCAAGUUUUUAGCGUAUUGUCUAAUCCAGCAUGCAGGAAAUAACAUGUCUUCGAUUUUUAUUUUUAAGUUUUUUUCCUAAAACACAAGCAAAAUAUUAUAUGAAAAUACGAAAUAUUUUAAAGAAAGAAUCUUUUUAUUUUGCAGCAGAAAGAAUAUUUCUAUGAUCCAGAUUUUAAUAAAAGUCUUUGAGGGUUUUGGUUAGCCUUGUUAAAAGUCCUUCUGGCUUUUCUAAAGGUCAUCAAGGAUUUAUUUAUCAGAAAAUCAGGUGGGGUUUUUUUCUGUGACUCAAAUGUUAUGGCACAAAGUGAAUUGGACGGAGAUGGCAGAUUGAAGUUUGGCAGUUCAUUCGAAAACAUCAACACCAAAAAAACCUCAAAUUCCACUUACUUGUACGCUCCAGAGCUUCUGAUCAUAUCCUUAAGGCUGCUUUAGCAGGUGGAGUUUGCUCAGUUGUCUUCUCAAAGUCAUAAGAGGCCAUGAAUAGUGGAAAGCUUGAACAUCUACAUUUCUGUGAUGACUGAGCAAACUGCGUCUGCUGAUGAGGACUGUGGGAUACAACUGAAAGCUCCAGAGCAAGGCAGUAAGUGGACUUUGAGUUUGGAUUAAUUGGUCAAUAGCAGGCAGAGUUUGGCAUGAUAAAAUGCUCCGGUUCUCCUGGCUUUAGCUGACGUGCGUCACUUAGCUUCAUGUGAGUCUGUGUGUAGUUUCCCUUUUCAGAGCCGAGAGAAUGUUAAGUAUUGCGGCCGCAGUCGAUUAGAUAAGUGUAGAUCAUCAAAAGGCAAGUCGGUGCCUUUUUAUGGCGCCACCGUGACAUUUAAAAUCAUGGACUGUUGAAUUUCUAAAAAAAGAAAAGAAUAGAAAAAAGACUAGAGAGAAAAAGAGAAGUAGGACAGAACUUUGCCUUACCAAACCUGUGGAACUUCAGUACUUUUUACACUUAUUCUCCCAUUUCUAGCUGUACUGUUAGUGUAUUUAAACCCAUUAUAUCACCAUUUUCCAUAUGUGGAAUCAGACAAAACACACUCUUAUCACCUUUUUUUUUAAUUUAAUUUAAUUUUUUUAUUUUUUUGAGGAAGGGGGGGUCGACGCGGUCAUGCCUUUCUCAUUUCAUCAUUACCAUCCAAACCAAUCUGAAUGUCUGUAACACUGAAGAAAAAAAACAUUUAAUUAGGAAUGAAAAAACAAUCAGUAACAAACCUCUGAUUACAAAAUGUCAGAAUCCUCCUUUUUGAUUAAAAAAACAAAAUGGAGGUACUAAAUGAGGGUAAGGAUAUUGUCUGUAUACUGUAUUUUAGAGGUCAAAUACUGUAUUACUGGUGUCGGUGUGUACAUGGAUAUGAGCUUUGUCCAUAAAAAAAAAAAAAAAAAAAACUUGACUGAUCUUUCAUACUUGACAGCAUUUUUCUGCAUUGUUAAUUUAUCACAUUGCAUAAAAGCAGAAAGGUUUCAGAUUAUUUUGGCAGAAACAGUGUGCACUUUCCCAAUAUCAUUUUAGGUGCGUGUGUGUGUGUGCGUGCGUGCGUGCGUGUGUGUGUGUCCAGUUUAACGGUGAUAUUUGGCUUUUCUGGUGCAACAAGGUUUGUCUUUUUGUAAGAGAAUGAUCCCAGAAUACUGAACCAUUUUUUUAAUGUCAUGUUUUUGUUUUUGUUUUGUUUAUGUCGUCUCCACUGUAUUUUAAUUCUUUCCAUUCAAAAUAGGAAUCCGAUAUAUUUUAUAGGGGCUUCAUCAAUAUUUUUCUGAUGUAAUCUUUUUCUUUAAAACUGCACAACUUUGCAAAUGGCUGAUUUUGAUUUAGGAGCAGCUUGACAUGCUGUACAGUGCAACACAUCAAUAAACCACUUCCCAUUCAGUGACAGACACUGAGGACAUGUAUGCGAGCCAGUAUCUGGGGCAAGUUAGACUUAGUCAAAAUAACAAAGUGAAGCUUCUGAGCUACUGUGUGAUGAUUGCUUUGUUGCUACUGUUUCACUCCGACAAGUUUUAAUAAAGUUUUAUAAUUUCAUGUUGGCCUUCAAGCCUUUUCAAUAGACAUUGGUGCUAUUCAAUAAGGGAAAGGUGAUAGACUUUUAUUCUCCAAUGUCAUAACAAAGAAGGUUUCUUCCUGGAUGCCCUUAUUGUGUGAAAUCAUUCUUUUUCCUUCCAACGUUUCACAAGAUUUCACUCGGUUCCAUAAUUGUUUGUCAUCACCAGUUUUCAUUAGCUCUGAGAUCUAAUCAAAACCUGCUCAACAGACAACUCAGCAUGGACAGAGCUACUCGACACAUCCAGCCAUCGGCAUUUUAUUAUUUCAGUUUUUCAAGUUGUCAUGUUGGGAGGAACAGCAUACGUUGCAAACCUCCAAAGUUAUUCUAAGCACAAAAUGUAAAUGCACACGUGAGGUAAUGAAAUUAGGAUAUUUCACACAAAAGAUCUCAAGGGCCCACAAUGUAUACCUCAACGACUGUCUGUUCACUAUGCAUUGUCGAGCUGCAGCAAAGACAUUCUGAACUAGUCAAUGGUGCGAUAACUUCUAACAACAUGUCUUACUUGACAAAAACACUGUCACACUGUCAUUGGAUGUGUUUCAUGUCAAAUAAAAAAAACAAACCUUUGUCAGAA